AUGGAAACCCCAAAGAUACCGGCUCCGAGAGACGAAGGUGAAAGGGAGGUCCUCGAAAAGCUAAUUGCCAUUCGCGACCAGUUGCAAUUACGCAAACUCGACCGCACGACCUACGUUCGGACCCAAGAUGUCAUGAUUUUAUAUGACCAGACCAUUGAGCAGGUCAGAAUCCUGAACGAGGUUAGACAUGGGAAGUCGGUCGAAGAGAAUAGAGUGGACAGAGUGGUAGACAGCUGUUUCCAAUUACUAUCACUCUUUUUCAUGACUAUCGGUCGAAACAAUGAAGCCCCUGCCGCCUAUGCCCUGACUUCGACUAUCAAGCGACUCCUAGACCAUCUGGCCGAAGCCAACUUAUUCUCUGCUCGGGAUCUCGAGAGUAUGUCCCAGACGCUUGUGCAUCUAUCGGAAAUAGCACACAACUCCGCCAGCACGAAGCCUUCGCCUUUACUUGAGACCUUGAUUGUGCACCGGAUAGAGCGAUGCCGCGCAUCGUUAACAAGCCUACAGAAAAGGAUCGAGGACAUUGCAGAGCCAUUACGGCCGACCGCGGACAGACUCGUCUCUAUAAUGAGACAGAUGGCUAUAAUCAAUACCAAAUCAAAGUUCACACCGUCGGAAAUAUAUAAGCGAGAGGCGGAGCUGAAAGAGAUUGGCGAGACACGGAAGGACGGGCAAUUCCUCGACGCUGAUGGUAAUGUUUUAAAAGGUAGCGAAAACGUCUCGCUGUUGAUAGAUCGAUGUUUAGACUAUACGAAAAUCGUCCUCGAAGGAAACGGCCAAUUUCCUGACAAGUGGAAGCCAGUUUACGAUGUACUCGUUGGCAUUAGAAAUGACCUUGAUAAGCUGUCUUUGACUCAAGCGUGGUCACUGCGAGAGACGGACUUGUACGACUACCAACGACAACUCGACAGGAUCGAUGAGAGCAGAAUAAAUGGAAAUUGGGUGGACGAUCAAGGGCAACCAGCUGAACUCUAUGUCCAACGGACGCUUCUUUACUUAAUUCGAAGGAGCUACGGUUAUAUCUAUCAUCUUAUGAUAUCGUCAGAGCCGGUUUCUGAAGCCCUGUUGCCGAUUUACAAUCAACUGCAGACGUUAAAGCGUUGUCUCGUCGAGGUAAAGAACAGCGGUGGCGUAACAUCGGUUAGGGAGCUUUACCCUUAUAGCAUGAAGCUACAUUCGAUCGACAAUAUGAAAAUUGACGGCAAAUUCAUGGUCGGGGAAGAUAUUCCCGAAGGUCAAGGCAGUGUAGCUGAAUUGCUGGCCGAAUGCUUCGACCUGAACUACGAGCUCAGAGUAGCAGCAGAGGCAGCGACAGAAACCCCUCCAUCAGAGCAGGAGUCAUGA